GCAGGUCUUGCACUCGAGAGUCCACCUUCCAUUCAUCAGCUCCAUCUUCCUCUUUGUUCGCCCGCGUAUAAUAUUUUCUCCUUCUGCAGAACUGCCACUGAUCUGAUCCGGGCUGCGGUGAUCUCUCAGCUCUGCUCGCGCUGAUGGAGAUUAAGAGGGAUGUAUGGAGCCUGCUGCUCGUGCUGCUCCUCGGGCAGCUCGUCGCCUUCGCCAUGGCCGCCUCAAGCUUCACCUCCUCCCUCAUUGCUAAUCUUGGAGUUGAUGCACCACUGACACAGUCUUUCUUCGCUUACCUGUUGCUGACCUUAGUCUAUGUACCAAUCGUCCUGCGUCGACGGCAGAAGCUGCAAAUAGCUUGGUACUGGUAUCUAGCUCUGGCCUUCUUUGAUGUACAGGGGAACUAUCUUGUUGUGAAGGCAUACCAGUACUCAUACAUUACCAGUGUAACUUUGUUGGAUUGUUGGACUGUUGUAUGGGUCAUCAUCCUCACCUGGUACGCAUUGGGCACAAGAUACUCACUUUGGCAGUUCGUGGGGGCAGGGACAUGUGUGGCAGGGCUUGCCCUUGUGCUGCUUUCAGAUGCAGAAUCUCCAGAGGAGCAAGAUCCAGGAAAAAUGCCACUUCUGGGGGAUGUCCUUGUUAUUGCUGGGACAGUUGGUUUUGCGUUUAGCAAUGUUGGGGAGGAAUACUGUGUCAAGAAAAAGGAUAGAGUUGAAGUUGUUGCAAUGCUUGGACUCUUUGGGUUGCUGAUCAGCAUAGUGCAGAUACUUAUAUUUGAAAGGAAGGGCCUAGAAGCAGUUACAUGGUCUCCAACAAUGAUAAGUCUGUUUGCAGGAUUUGCAGUGGCAAUUUUCAUAUUCUACACAAUUACUCCUUUCGUUCUUAAGAUGAGUGGAGCUACAUUGUUCAACCUUUCACUGCUAACAUCUGACAUGUGGGCAGUUGCCAUUCGAGUUUUAUUCUAUCAGCAACAGAUAAACUGGUUGUACUACCUAGCAUUCACAGUUGUGGCCAUUGGAUUAAUCAUCUAUUCGUUGAAUGAUAGUUCUUCAGAUGAUGAAACAGCUGGAAGUACAGAAGCUCCAGCCCAAUAUCAGCAACUACCAAUUGAAGACAAUUCAACAAGAAUUGGUUCUAAUUCAGGUAGCCAAGAAAGGACACAUAAGGAAGAAGUUCAUAUCUGUUAGCAGUGUAAUGUAUAUGUAUGAAGACACCUCCUUGUCGAUGGAUAGAUUUCUACCAAAUCAAAUAUGGCAUAGAGAUAUGUAGAGUAAAAUGUUGGUCGCUUCACGUAUAGGAAAAUAUUUAAUUGUCUCAAGCAACAAAUGAGAAAGAGAACCAGAGUUAUUUUUCUCUACACCUCAGUCCAGCAGAUAAUUCAUAAAUGUAUGAAAAAUACAUCGAGUCAAAAGGAUCUUCGACUAGGGAUUGCGAACCAUCACAGCUGGUCUGCAAAGCAUAAUAGCAACAGUUUGGGGAACAUGUAAAGGGAAUUGCCUAUGAAAAUAUUUUCUGCAUUGCUCAUUGUAAAA